AUGAUUAUUUUAGACUAUGAGAUUCCAGAUUGGAAAAUAUGUUCGAUAGUAACUGAUUAUGGAUCGAAUAUGUUAAAAGCUGUACGUAAUUUAAAUGUACCACAUGUAGCCUGUUUUGGUCAUGCCCUUAACACGGCAGUUUCACGAAUCUUUAAUAUGGACGAUAUAAAAGAUGUAGUCCAUAAGGUAAAAUUAAUACACAAUAUAUUUGCACAUAGUUGGAAGGCAGUUCGUGAAAUGGGAAAAGUCCAGGAAAAAUUUAGCUUGCCAAAUAAAAAAUUUCCAUCGUACUCAAAAACUCGUUGGUGGUCGAUGCUGGAUCUAAUUAAAGUUAUAAUUGAACAAGAACUUGGACUCACAAGUUUCCUACGAACAUAUAAAAAUGGCUGCUAUAAAAAUUUAUCUCUUCAAGAAUCCGAUAUUAUUGUGUUAAAAAACCUAAGUUCUAUUAUACAGCCUAUCAGGGAAAUCACCGAUAAUUUAGCCAGCGAUUCUUAUGUCACGGGUUCGGCUAUACUGCCAGUGAUUUCUUCACUGAAGUCAAAAUUUUCUCAAAUUACUGAACCAAAUGAAAAUUAUGAUAUGGAAAUCAACGGAAGACAAAUUAAGACCAUGUAUAAAACUAUUAUUGAGGUUCUAGAUCAACGCUAUGAAGAUAACACAUUGCUGAUUAUGUGUACCGUAUUGGAUCCGAGGUUUAAAAUCGAAUACAUUACAUAUAAUGAUGUAUCGGUUUUAAAGAAAACCGUCUGUGAAUUUUGUGAAAGUACAUACAACAGUAACGAAAGUGACAGCUGUGUCAAUAAUAGUAUUAGUCAACCGGUAUCACAAAAAAAAACUAAAACUGGACUGUCAGAAGUUCCAUUAAGCCAAAAGGUCAAAAAUGAAUUGGACUUAUACCUAAACAACCCAAUAAUUGGAUUUGAACAAGAUCCACUUGAUUGGUGGAACUUAAACAAAAGCACUUACCCUAUAAUUAAAGGUGGCUGUGUAUUAACUGAUCAUAGAGCAUCGUUGACCAACGAACAUGCCAGCCAGCUUAUUUUCUUAACAAUGAAUAAGGACUAUGUACCUAAACCAGUGUUUUAA